AUGAAGACAUCAACUUACAUAAGCAUCCUUCUUUGGAUUGUUUACGUGUUUAUUAAAAUCGAUAAAAGUCAUUCAUUUGAUUUUCAAAACCAAGAUGAAAUCGAUGAAAAAGUCAUACAACAUGAUUAUAUUGAUGAUAAAAGUUCUUCGGUCGAUGAAUAUGGAUCAAUACAUAAACCGUUUUCAGUGCCGAACCAUCCACCAUUGAAUGUGCAUCGUUCAGAAUCGGCAGAAAAAUAUUUCGGUUGGGCUAAUAAAACAAAUCGCCCUGUAGAAUAUUUUCGUGCGCGACGUUUUUGGCUCUUCAUGAAAAAAGAUGACCAAGGUGUACAUCCUGAAUCGGUAUCUGGUGCAGGUGGAUCAUCAAAUUCAUUGAGUCAAGGUAUAUGGAGAUCCGGUAUUGUUGGACGACGACGUCGUCGUUAA